UCAUCACUCGAAGACAACCAGUCUCAAGAAAGAAGAUGCUGUCUUCGAUUCGAUGCCAGGGGUCUCACACUACGAAUUGACGAUCAUUCAACCUGGUUGUUUGGAGCACGCACAGUCUUGACCAAAAUGCCUUCUUCUCUCUACUCUGUCGAACCUGUGAGGCCGCAUGGCACCGUGACCUUCGCGGUUCCACCUUGUGGUCCACCACAUCUUACUGCUUCGUGGGCAUGUUGAAACGAGGGCAAGCGGCACAACGCGGCGAAAAUUCUUGGCAAGUCAGGCUCUUUCCAACUUCACUUCACGGAGCAGUCCUGCGUCUCCACACACGAUGCCUCUCGUUGUCGCGCAGGGUCUAGAGAAAGGGGACAGCCGCAAUGAAUGAGUCGCGUUCCGGCGAGACAGGUAGUCAGACACCGGAGCCACACCGCCAGAAGAAAGUCCGCCUGGCCUGCCAACGAUGUCGAGAUCGCAGGAUUAAAUGUGACGGAGAAGUUCCGAGCUGCUCAAAAUGCGCCAAGGCUGGCGGUAUGUCCGCUUCCAAUGUGGAAGCCUUGUGUGGAUGUUGACUGAACACAGUACCCUGUAUUGACGUCGACGCGAGGAGAAGUGGUAACACGAUCGCGAGAUCUUUCUUGACAGAUGCACAAGCCAGGCUUGCGUGGCUUGAAGAUCUCGUAAAGACUCACAUACCUGGCAUCGAUCUUGAGGCUGGUCCCAAGAGGCCUGAGGGAGAGGCAAGCAAUGUUCAAGAAACUCCCACUACUGGAAGCAAGAGAAGACGUUCCUCGACUGCUAACGGUAGCGAGGAUCUUUCUGCCGUCUUUCGCAAGGCUCGGCGUAUGGCACUAGACCUGGGACUCUUCUCCUUGAACACGAAUUUGUCGCAAACUCACUACCUAGGAUCAUCCUCUGGCUCCUUCUUCGCAAGCCUGCUGCCGGAGGACCAGCAUGUUGAACAUCAAGACGGCAGUUCAGAGCCAGAAUCUGAUGCCGAGAACGUACCACACCGACCGAUCUCGCCUCGUGGCAGUUCUCAUACGCUAUUCUCGCUGCUGAAGCAGAGUUUGCCGUCCAGGACAGAUUGUGGUCGGAUGAUCAAGCUCUUCUACGACUACUAUCAUGCAGAAUAUCCUGUGCUGCAUCAGCCUAGCUUUGCUGCCCUGGUCGAUGCACUUUAUGCUGCUGCGGAAGCUUCUCCGUCUUGUGCUCUUCAGCACAACGGCUGGCCUGAUAGCGUUCGCGUCUUCUCCUACAACGGCGUUGUUGGGCGUCAUGACGGACGAGACACGAUUGCGAUACCCAUUCGUACAGCGGCUACACAGAUUUUCUUUGUCUUGAGUAUUGCAGCAGAUCUCCAAACCAGGAAACGAAUAUUCAGCGCAGACCCCAGCAGAUUUCAUGCACAGGCGCUCGCAUUGUUUCAGCUCGCCAUUGCGGAGGUCUCUUUGGCAGCCGUCCAAUCAAUGGUACUUUACGUACUACAUAGCUUCUUGACAGCUGAGAGCGGCAACAUUUGGGUCGUUCUACACAUCGCACUGGCCCAUGCGAUCGAUCUUGGCUUGCACCGAAACGUCACAGCCUCAGGACGGACCACGGAGACGGCUUCGCAAAUGCGUCGCCGAGUCUUCUUCAGCCUUUACGCCCUGGACAGAUACGUAAGUACCGCCCAGGGACGACCACUGGGCUUUUCGGACAACACGCUGGAUCUUGCCGCGCCUCAAAUCAUACAUGAUGGUAGAGCGCAUGUUCAGCAGGAUCAGGCUUUUCUGUUCUACAGUAUUAGUCACUUCCAAUGGGCAGCUAUUAUUUCUGCUAUCAAGCAACAGCUGUACUCCUUCAUCCCGCACGAUGUACCUUCCAGCACUGCCGCUGAACUGCAUGCAGAUCUGAACUCCCGGCUUGACCAGUGGCUCCAGGAGACUAACGCUGCCGUCGAAGACUUGCCGAAGAAUACUCUUCGCCGCUUUCGUACCGAGAUCAAGAUUGACUAUCACUUUGCGAUUGGUUUGCUCUAUCAGCCAUCACGAGUCAGCCGUACACCAAGUAUGCAAGCGCUGCAACGAUGCCUCCGCAGCGCCAGCGAGAGAUUGCGACUCUACUGGGACCUCCACGAUCAGAACAAUCUCGCGCUUUCAUGGCCACGAACUCACGGCAUCUUCUUGGCCGGAGCUACACUCGUAUACUGUAUAUGGAGUUCCGCGGAAAUAAGGUCUACUAUAGUGGUCGCUGAGCUGGCUGCUGACCUACGACUCUGCUCAAGCUUACUGACAUUAGGGGCAGAGUGGUGGCCCCUCGCGCAGCGCGGGCGCCGAAGCUUUGGAAACCUCGCAGACUCCACCAUCGAAUUUCUUGCUGGGCCCUGCGGUAUCAACCAGCAUCCGAUCGCACCCUCAGCGACUCAUGGAGCUAGCAUUCCUAUACAUGACCAGCACGGCCUUGCCACGGACUCAAACCAAUGGGCAGAUAUCGAAAUUGCUCUGCAGUCAUUUUUACAGCACGAAUAUCAGCUUACAGACAUGCUUGAUGUGCUGGAUGCCUCUCCAGUUGACCCCAUGAAUCCUACGUGGAUAAUGCCCAACACAUGGUGACCAAGGUGGCCAUGCCACCAAAACAUUUACACCAUAGCGACGUAUUAGUCUCAACAUCAGAAGUCGUACAACGUUGUUGGAUUCUCGACCAUGAUCGCUCGCCAUUCCUGAUCUGUGACCCAGCUCCUCAGGCUGCGUAACCAAGCACCAUCGUCCACUUCCAGAAAUGGAGUCAGUUGCAAGGCCUCUUCUGGCGAUCUCACCUUCAUCCUUUGUGUGUGCGGCCAAUCUGAACCCCACAAGAUCCUUCGAGGAUUGGCAUCCACCAGGACUCGAACGACUUCUUCCAUGUCAGCAUAAUCCGGAAUAUCAUUAGAGCAUCGAUACGGCGCGCUCAGCUUGACCCAGAGAUUGCCGGCUUGCAACGCCCUGGUGAUCGCCGCAAAUGCAGGUAGCGACUAUACUUCUGCAGACAGACUUUUUCCCUGGAGCAGAGCAUGGUGGUCAACUACUACAUGCACGGGCAAGCUUGGUAUGAGUCCCGCCAACGGCUUCCAAUCCUCGGAUUCCAGCUGCAAGAAGUCUAUACUCCAUUUCCAAGGCCGAAUCCUCUCGGCAUACCACAC